UGAGGAUGGCUUAGAAUAGUUGCGCUGUUAAGUAGCUUCUUGAGGGAUUCUUUCGGUGCUAAGAGGUCCGUCACGAUGAUUCUGGCAGUUGUUUGCCUGCUGGCAGUUGGUGCCAGUGCCCAGGUGGGGCCAGCGGGAGUCGUGAGCCCAGAUGGAAAUAACGUACAGUUUUCUCACGACUUCGCCCACGGCGUCAAGCUCAUUGGCCCCUCCGGCAUUGUUAGCACAGCUGGAAACCUGCAGCUGACCGCCGAGCAGGCCAGGCUCCACAACGCUGUCCGAAGCAAACGUAGCGCUGUGUUUGGCCCGUCGGGAAUCGUCAUGCCCGACGGAAAGAACAUCCAGUUUACGAGGGAGAAGGCUGAUAACUUCGUGGUGGUGGGCCCAUCGGGCGUCGUGACCAAGGACGGCAACAACAUCCAGCUGGACGGCCACGGAGUCCCGAUCACGAAGCGCAGUCUGCCAAGGGGCGUGUUCGGCUACUCUGGAAUCGUGAUGCCCGACGGGAAUAACGUCCAGUUCACGAGGGAACAAGCCGACGACAUCGUUCUGAUAGGCCCGUCGGGAGUCAUCCGAAAGAGCGGCAACAUCCAGCUGAACGCCCAGGGUGUCCCGGCUAAUUAAUGCUCCGCUGUUCACUCAGCGCAGAUGCCGUCAGACUGACUUCCAUCAAACUACUACUGAAUGUCAUGAUUUCCAAGAACUACUGUCAAGUUGCAAUAAAGAGUUAAGAGUGAAA